AUGAUCCCUGAAAUCAAAUCAGCUGUAGUGUUAACGGUAGUAAGUUCGAGCCAACCGAUAGUGCUCAAUAGACUAAGCAAUUAUAAAAAGAUCAAACGAGCAUGGGUGUACGUUCAUCGGUACAUCGUUUAUAAGGUGCAUAAAAUACAUAAAAUUGGUGAGAUUACAGCCGAUGAAGUCAGACGGGCAGAGAGGUCAAUUUUAUUGCUUGUUCAACGUGAAGCAUAUAGUGACGUUCUGAAGGCAUUAAAAACAAAUUCUGCCCAGCAUACAUCGUAUCGAAAUCUGGCGCUGUUUGUUGGUGAUGAUGGUCUAAUCAGAGUCGGUGGUCGCUUGAAAUAUUCAGCUAUUCCGUACGAUGGUAAACAUCAAGUGCUGUUGCCACAAAAACAUCACAUCACAGAAACGAUUGUGCGAGAUUUGCAUCAGGAGCACUUCCACGUUGGUCAAAAUGGACUAUUAGCUAUCGUUCGUGAGAAGUAUUGGCCGGUCCAUGUAAAGCAGCUGAUUAAGAAGGUUGUUUCAGCAUGUCAGGUGUGUGCUCGACAGCAUCCGAAACCGGGUGUACAAUACAUGGGCAAUCUUCCAGGAGUUCGAGUGAAUCCAUCGCAACCUUUCUCUAAGGUUGGAAUAGACUACGCUGGUCCGUUUAUGAUUAAGCUCGGAGGCCGAAGUACGAAGCUAUACAAGGGAUACGUUGUCGUGUUUGUUUGCUUGGUAGUAAAGACUAUACACUUCGAGUUGGUCUCAAGUUUGUCGACGGAUAAUUUUAUAGCAGCUCUGCAACGUUUUUCCAGCCGUCGUGGACUGCCGAGUGAUAUAUACAGUGACAAUGCAACUACCUUUGUUGGUGCAAACCAUGAACUAGCAGCGCUCAAACAACUUUUCGAAGACCAGCAGCAUGAUCUAAAGGUAAAGGAAUUCUGUAGUACUAAGGGCAUCCGCUGGCAUUUCAUUCCCCCCCAGAAGCCCACACUUUGGUGGAAUCUGGGAAGCGGGUGUGAAAUCUAUGAAAUACCAUCUCAAGAGGGUUGUAGGUGA